UUUUCUGGAUUUGGAAACGGCUCUCCGGUGCUCUAAAUCUACAGUCCGUCUGGAAAAUUGCUAAAGUGCUUGAAUCUAGCAUACAUUGAUAUCAUUAAUUUAGUUGUACGUAUCUAUCAGCUAGGUCCAGUCUUCUAUUUGGUAGUGUACUCUGUAUGUCUUAGGAACAACAGUAACUGGUAAACGGGUGUGGCUUCUGAACACCGGCUAACGUGCUAGUUCAGUCAUUCACACGUCCUGUUACCGGUCAGUCGUUGAAGAGCUAGAGAGAUGGCCAGCUAGAGAGAUGGCCCAGCAACGCAGCCCUAAAGAUGCUGAAACUGCUAGUCCGUAUCAAGUGACUAGACGUAUACCAUUUGCUCAACGGCUUGUUGAACAAGCUACAGAAGACUACGUCGAGCAAGCUUUUAAACAACACGCUGCAGAAAGCCGUAAAGUAGCCCUUGUCUCGAAACGUGAACCUCCAUCCCUCAAGACUACGAGUCACAACACGUUCGCCUCUGUUAGCAAACAACCGGUGUCCGAAGUCACGGUAGAAGACCCACAACUCUGUCUGGUUUACAAAAAGGACAUUCUCGUCAACAUGCUCAAGUUAGAGCAAGCGCCGUGCUAUAUCGUUAAAGAAAAUUUCAUCCUGGCUCUUCAGAGAGAAGUGACACCACGAAUGCGAACACUGCUUCUCGACUGGCUUCAUGCUGUGCACGUUAGAUUCAACUUACUGCAAGAAACUUACAAUCUCUGCGUCGAUCUCAUUGACCGCUCCAUACAAACACUAGCAAUCGCCAAAACCAACUUUCAACUACUCGGAGUCACUUGCAUGCACGUAGCGGCAAAAUUCGAAGAAAUCUAUCCACCAACAAUUGACGACUACGUCUACGUAACAGACAACACCUACUCAGCUCAGGAGAUACGAAAACAAGAGAUACUCGUCCUAAAGUCUUUACACUAUCGAAUUAGCCGACCACUGGCAAUUCAAUUCCUUCGUCAGCUAUCGGCCGAAGGCAAUGCGUCUGUUGUUGAACACAACAUGGCAAAAUUUUUGCUGGAUGUAUCAAUCAUGGACCAAAAGGUGGCAUCUUGCUUGCCGUCACAACGCGCUGCUGCUGCUCUACUGCUGGCUGUUCGCAUAUUGAAAAGAGAAGGUCGAAUGCAAUCCCUCCGUAUCGACAAGGCUCUUUCUCUCUUCUGCCUCGUACCCUCUCCGUCUCCAACUUCCGUUCGAAAGCAAGUAGCAGCAUUGGCCGAGCAGUUCCUGUCCGCAUUAAGGUGGAUGCGCAAGUCGCGUUACAAAUCAGUAUUCGAGAAAUACUCCGGCAGCAGAUACUACCAUGUAAGCGACGUCAAAGCAGUCAAAGAACUCUAACAAGUGUGUUAUAGUAUAGCUAUAACUGUAAAUAAGGAAUUGCACUUAAUUCAGCUCUAACGGUUUACAUUGUGUUAGUGGGGGGAGGCGUAUAGUAGCUAGACCACUUCAAAUAAUGAAAACUUGAUACCUUGAACGCAAUCGGUGUUAGAAUACGUAGACUGUGCGCACCGUCCUUUUACCCACGUUCCAUUCUUUUGCAAUAUGUUUAACAAAUACAUGUGCAUUCUCACGUGCUGCAACAGAGAA